GGGGCGGCGGGAGGGAGGCUGCCACGCGGGGAGGAGGGGGCGGCCGCCCAGCCCGGCUCCCUGCCCCGCCCGGCGCCGCCUGCGCCAUUGCUGCGAGCGGGAGCGGGCGGCGCGGAGGCUCGGAGCGCGCAGCCAGACCUGCCGGCGCCGGCGCGGGCUGCAGCCUCGGGUCCCCGCAACCAUGGUGAAGUUGGGGAACAAUUUCGCGGAGAAGGGCGCCAAGCAGCCGCUGCUGGAGGAUGGCUUCGACACCAUUCCUCUGAUGACGCCCCUCGAUGUCAAUCAACUGCAGUUCCCGCCCCCAGAUAAGGUGGUCGUGAAAACCAAGACUGAAUAUGAACCUGACCGCAAGAAAGGGAAAGCGCAUGCUCCCAAAAUAGCUGAGUUCACCGUCAGCAUCACUGAGGGUGUCACCGAGAGGUUUAAGGUCUCCGUGCUGGUCCUCUUCGCCCUGGCCUUCCUCACCUGUGUCGUCUUCCUGGUCGUCUACAAGGUGUACAAGUAUGACCGCACCUGCCCCGACGGGUUCGUCCUCAAGAACACCCAGUGCAUUCCAGAAGGCUUGGAGAGCUACUAUGAGGAGCAAGACUCCAGUGCCAGGGAGAAAUUUUACACGGUCAUAAACCACUACAACCUGGCCAAGCAGAGCAUCACCCGCGCAGUGUCGCCAUGGAUGUCGGUUCUGUCGGAAGAGAAGCUGUCUGAGCAGGAGACUGAAGCAGCUGAGAAAUCAGCUUAGCAGGAUGGGCAAGUUCCGUACAAUGUGUCACUUGAAGGUAACAAAGGAACUUUGAGGGACAUUUCAUUAAAUAUAACUACUGGUAAUUUAGAGGUUACUCAUUUACGGUGCAAUUGCUUCUGUUUGCUAAUGCUGCUUUGCAAAUAAAACUUGCUGCCGACCACCCAUGGGCAUAAAAUGAAGUGCAUAUCAGCAUUGCCUAAAGAGCUCUGACUCCACUUUUCAUGUUAAGAUCUUAAUUUAGCUCCUUUACUGGGAUUUAUUGGAUGCUGUCAAAAAAAUAAAUUUACACUGGAUAUGCCAAGGGUUUGGACUUCCGAUAAAUAAUGCAUUUUCUGGAAUUGAUUUUUUUAAGCCACCUUGCUGUCUGCAGACCUUACUCCAUAGCUGUAUCUACAGUGAUCUCUUGUUCUGCUAAGAGCAGGAGGCACUUGGUGUUUCUCCCCGUCUGCCCUGGGCUGGAGCAGUGCCGACUGCCAAGGCGCCGUGCAGUGAAUGGUGCUGGCGCCGUGCAGUGAAUGGUGCUGCCUCCACAGUGGGAGACCCUGCGACAGGCGUGCUUGGUGUGGAUGUGUUACCGCCCCCCCACGGCUCUGUCCCCUUGGGCUCUGGCGUGUUGGUAAGGGGGGCACUCCGGUGUGCAGACUGUGGUGGAGCACGAGAGGGAGGGGGCUGGGCAAGGGAUGGCCCUGGGCCACGAGGCUGCAGAACUGCCUCCUCCCCAGGUAGGGAGGCUGUCUGCUCUGGGAUGUGCCCAGUAGGAAAGAAGCCCCACUGGCCUUUCCUUCACUUCUGUUAUGAAUAAAUUUGCACCGGCAGCCUUGUUAGCAAGUUAGUUUUUAAAAAAGGAGCUGCGAGGCAAAAGUGAAAAUGUAAUUGCUGGUAAGCCAGGGCUACUUUCGUUUUUACUGUGUGGAACAGAGCUAACUCCCUUGGGGGGAGCAGCAGGCAGGAAGGGCUGGCGUGGCCCCGUGCAAAUGCCACCACGACAUUGCAGUUCACAACCUUUGUACGAAAAUUAUGUUUCCAGUUGAAUCUUGACAUUGAAGUAUAUGUUUACAAAAUUGCCAGUUAGAUAAACUAAGUGUGUGAGACAAUUAAAUACAAAAAAGACA